AUGGCCGAAGUCAAGGGAGAGAAAUACGACGACCUUACUGCCCAGAAAGUUGGCGAGACCCCAACAACUGCCAUCGAGGGAGAGGUCUUCGCCGCCGACAAUGCCGAUCACCUACAACGUCGUUUGGGCAACCGACAAAUUCAGUUGAUUGCUAUCGGUGGCUCCAUCGGUACUGCCGUCUUCGUCUCUAUCGGUAGUGGUCUUGUACGUGGCGGGCCAGGCAGCUUAUUCCUCGCCUAUGCUAUUUACUCUUGUAUGCUUGGUCUCAUCAACAAUGGCAUUGCUGAGAUGACUGUCCUAUACCCUGUCUCGGGUGGUUUCGUACGUCUGGCUGGCCACUUUGUCGAUGAAGCCUUCGGGUUCAUGGCUGGCUGGAACUUCUACCUAUACGAAGGUCUUAUCAUUCCUUUCGAGAUCACUGCGCUGAACCUGGUCCUAUCAUAUUGGAGCGACGAAAUACCCGUCGCAGCAGUAUGCGCGGGCUGCAUCGUAGCCUAUUCUCUACUCAAUGUCCUGGCAGUCAAAGCUUAUGGUGAGGCCGAGUUCUGGCUUUCGGGUGGUAAGGUCAUCUUGAUCUUCAUCGUGUUCUCUUUGACAUUUGUCACAAUGGUCGGCGGUAAUCCAAAGCACGAUGCCUAUGGGUUCAGAUAUUGGCAAAACCCAGGCUCCUUCGCCGAACAUCGAACCACCGGCAGUCUCGGCCGAUUCGAAGGUUUCCUCGCAUGUCUCUGGAGUGCUUCAUUCACAGUCGUUGGACCUGAGUACAUCUCCAUGGUAGCCGCCGAGGCGAAGCGACCUCGGUUAUACAUCAAGGCCGCGUUCAAGACUGUGUACUGGCGAUUCGCAAUCUUCUUCAUCGGCAGCGCGCUCUGUGUCGGUAUUGUUGUGCCUUACAACGAGCCAUCACUAGUCGCUAUCGUCACUGGAACUGGCUCAGGUGGUGGUACUGCUGCUGCUUCGCCCUACGUUAUUGCGAUGCGAAAUCUUGGAAUUGGUGGCCUGCCUCACCUUGUCAAUGCACUCUUGUGCACCAGCAUCUUUUCAGCAGGAAACACAUACACUUACUGUGCGACACGAACACUGUACGGACUUGCACUCGAAGGCCGCGCCCCUCGAGUUUUGACAAAGUGCACAAAGGGUGGAGUACCGAUUUACUGCUUCCUCAUCACACUCCUAUUCCCACUACUGUCCUUCCUACAGGUUGGCAGCAGCUCAUCUGUCGUUCUAGGCUGGUUCGUCAGUUUGGUCACAGCAGGUGGUGUCAUCACAUACAUUGUCAUGGGCACGACCUACAUCUUCUUCUACAGGGCCGUCAAAGCGCAAGGUAUCGAUCGAAGCUCGUUCCCAUAUACCGGCUGGUUUCAACCAUAUUGCGGCUACAUCGGAACUGUAUGGAUGGUGUGCAUUGUCUGCGUCUAUGGUUACGGCUCAUUCAAGCCGUGGAAUACUGGAUCCUUUUUCUCAUACUACCUCAUGUUGCUCAUCGCGCCAUUCACCUUCGGUAUCUGGAAAUUGGUCAAGAAGACUAAAUUCGUCAAGCCACAUGAGGCCGAUUUGGUUUGGGAGCGACCGAUCGUUGAUGCGUACGAAGCGUCAUUUUUCACGCCACCAGUUGGUUUUUGGACCGAAAUGGUACAACUUGUGGGCUUCAACCGCAAGAAGAAGGAUCGAAGAAGCUCUGUUGCUUCGUACUAG